UUAUCAGAACAUCAUUUAGGAGGCUGGAGACCAACAUGCUUACAGGUUUAUAAUACGAAUUAGAGGAAACUAACUACUAUUUCUAUAUAUAUAUUGAAACCAGGAAGAAAUAGUGAACACAUCUUUUAUAUUUGUGUGCCUAAGACAACAUGUCUGUGAGUUUAAAGUUAAAUCUUAAGAUCCAACAACUGAACAGCAGAUAAGAAAGGGGGGGCAGGUCUGACUCAGAGAACAGCACACACCUGGCUGUCGUUAAGUCUCAUUAAGCUGCUGCAUCACAGAAACAGCCUUGAUGUCAGUCAUUUCAACAUUAUUCAGAUGUUAAAAAUUAGAAAUGUAUCAUGAAACUAAUGAGUCAGUGUUGUAUCUGAUUCUAAUCUGAGACGUUUCUUGAUAAAUUGUGUAUUUUUUUGGCAACAACUCAAGAGGAGUAACUUUUUUAAACAGCACCUUGGAUUGUACUUCAUCAUACAGGUCCUCAUCAGACUGCAGUCCACACCCUAUAAUGUUCCAUUGUCCCAUCAGGACUUAAAUCCACACCAGAGCGCUGUUGGACCACUUCUGCUCUCAGUGACGUUGCGAACACAGCAUCUUGUGGGGGGCCUGACUCUCCUGACUCUUUCACAACCAAAAUGCAGACCAAAAUGGGGAAUUGUGGAUCACCAGCCAGUAUCUCUCAGCAGCGUGUGGCCAGUAAGAGCACCACUUACCUGGCAAAGAUUGCAGUUGUCCUGCAACACGCCCAUGGAAAGAUGCUCACUUUUCCCCAGCUGAUGGACCAGCUGAUGCAUUUCAUUUGUGAGGACAGACGAACUGUCGAGAACAACAUCAGAGUCUGUUUAUCCACCAACAACUGUUUUGUCAAGAUACCAAUGGUCCCAGACAUAGUGGACAGUAAGAGAAACUACUGGAAGCUGGACCUCGGUCAGGUCACGACCAAGAUGGUACGUCGUCACUUCAAAGGGAUCCUGCAUCUCUUCCCUGAGUUGUCCAGUGAAGUAGAGACUGAGAACUCAAACAGAGCAUCAAAGCAGAGCUGCUCAGCUCCCCUCUCUCCUGAAACUUCAGCCUGCAGAGCUGUUCAGAUCAGAUGCGAGGUAAAGUUCAGUGGUCCUUUCUCCAUUGAAUCCCUCCUGAAGAGAGACAGUCCUUCUGCUCAGUCCUCAAUGGCUUCCCCUUGGUGCAGAGUUCCAGUCAGAGUGGAGCAGCGAGUUGGGACAAAGAGGAACUUUAGCUGGGACUCAGAGCAGCUUUUCUUCCUGCAGGCUUCAGCUGGUAGUUCCCUUGUCUGCUCAGCAGGGAGCAGCACACACCAUGGACUCACUAAACCCAUCAGGAAGACUCAUGUGUACUCUGAGCCCUCAUUCCCCUACACAAGAUCUACUCCUCAUUACAACAGCCCAACUAGCAGUUACAUCACUCACUCUGUACCAGCAUUUACCCACGAUGCUCUGCGGUUUUGUAUGUAAAUACGGAUCUACUCUCAUAAUGCACUUUAAAUGUUAAAUGUUUUUGAGUGGAGUGUUCAGUUUGAAGGUAUUUUAUUCCCCCCCCCCCCCAAAAAGUCAUGCAAGGUCUACAAAGAUCUCUCGAGUGUCUCCCUAUAUUUCUUAUAUUUGUGGCUUUAUUUGACAGCAGAUGUGUUCUGCAUGUUGUUGGCUGAGAUCAUAAAAAAAAAAUUUUUUUUGUAACACACUACAGGCUGAAUUUUAGCAUUUUUUUAAAGCAUAGCAUGGAUGUGCUUGAAAUGUGUCCACUAGUGCACAUGGUGUCAAUAUUUUUUAAAACCCUGCCUUGCCUAAAAAACGCAUUAAAAGGGUUUUUCUCUGUCCUGCAUAUCUGUUCUAUUUUUGUUUACAUAUAAACUGAUUUUACCAACUUA